AUGACUUAUGAUACAUUCAAGAAAUUAUACUAUGAGAAGUACUUUCCGGCGUCUAAGCGGAGGGAACUAAAGAAGGAGUUUGAUGGGUUGAAGCAAGGAAACAUGACAGUUACAGAGUAUGAAAAUAAGUUUACAUCGCUUUUGAGGUUUGAACCGGGGAUUGCUAAUGAUGAGGAAGGGAAGAUAGAGAAAUUUAUUGAUGGCCUUGAUCUUACUAUUAGGCCAAUUGUAGCUGCCUCAGAACCGACAGAGUAUGCAAAAGCAGUGCGAGAGGCCUUAGUAGUUGAGGCUAAGAGCAAGGACAGCAAGGCUAUCAGGGAGUCCUACAAGCACAAUAGGGGUAUGAGUGCCUUCUCCAAGGGUCAAUCAAGUAAGAAGCAGAAGCAUGAGCAGUCAGGGUUCAGGGGACAGCAGUCAGUCAGAUCCGCACCCACAGCUUCAGUGUCCAUGGGGUCUUCUAGACCGAAUGGCCAUAGAGUGAAAGAUUGUCCACAGUGCGGCAGUGGUUUGGGCAGAGGUGGAGGUUCACAGCAGAGGCAGAUGCAGUCUGCCACAGUUCAGUCAAGGUUUCAACCGCUACCACCACCUCAACCAUCUCAGCCAGCCAUGUCAGCCCAGAGUUCUCGACCGGGUAGGGGAGCUUCUUCGAGUGCACCCACUCAGCAGUCUGGUUAUCAGGUAGGCGGUUCUCAGGGUGCUUCCUAUUCAUUCAUUGCUUCAUCAUUUGCAUGGGCAUUAGGGUUGGUCAGUCAGUUAGACAGACUGCUUUGUGUUGACACGCCUAUCGGGGGUUCAGUUGCUCUUAGUAGAGUUUGUAGGAGUUGUUCCAUCACAAUUGCCGGACGUAUUCUUGAGUUCAAUCUCAUCCUUUUCGAGAUGACAGGAUUUGACGUCAUUCUUGGGAUGGACUGGUUGUCGUCCUUCAGAGCUGUCAUUGAUUGUUUUAGGGGUAGAGUUUCAGUGUGUACCCUGGAUGGGGAUUGUUUCUGUUUUGUGGGAGAUCGGUGUGAUCCUCUCACUCAUUCAUUCUAUGGUGUUAGGGGUCGGGAUCGGCAGGCGUUCUUCUUGGCUAGCCUUUUCGCCGAUGAUGACGUUGAGUUUUAUGGGGUUGAUUAUCCAGCGGUUGUGCGUGAUUUUCUAGAGUGUUUCCGGAGGACUUGA